CGUGAACUGGACUUUUAUUUUGGUGUGGCGACAUGAUGUCAUAAGGCUGCGCCGCGCUCCUGCAUCUGUGAUGCUCUGAAAGUGAAAUGCAUAAACAACAAGGAACAGUUUUAGUGAGUAAAAAUGAGUAACAGAAGAGUGUCCAAACACACAGAAAAACUCCUGGUGAAGCGACUGAGAUCCCCGUGACACACUAUUAUAAAGAUGGCGUUUAUUAAAGAGGAGAGUGAAGACGUGAAGAUUGAAGAAACAUUCAGAGUCAAACAUGAAGAUAAUGAGCAACAAACAGACCUGAUGGUGCUGAAAGAGGAGAGUCAAGAACUGAAUAAAGUGGAAGAGAAAAAUCAGGAAAAAUGUCAUGACUUCAUCACUGGGGAAGAAUCUUUUAGUUACUCACAGACUCAUAAAAAAGAACCUAGAAACCUUGAAGUCCAAACUGAAGAAAGCCCUUUCAUCUGCCAACAGUGUGGAGAAAGUUUUAGUCAAAAAAAAAGUCUUAAUGGCCACAUGAGGAUUCACACAGGAGAGGGCCCUUUCACCUGCCAACAGUGUGGAAAGCGUUUCAAUCGAAAUAACAACCUUAAAGUCCACAUGAUUAUCCACACAGGAGAGAAGCCUCAUGCCUGCACACUGUGUGGGAAGAGUUUCUCACUAAACAGACAUCUUAAGACUCACAUGAGAAUUCACACUGGAGAGAAGCCUUUUGCCUGUCAACAGUGUGGAAAAAAUUUCAGUCGACAAGACAAACUUAACGUCCACUUGAAUAUCCACACAGGAGAGAAGCCUCACACCUGCACACUGUGUGGGAAGAGUUUUUCACUAAAAGAAAGUCUUAAGGCUCACAUAAGACUUCACACCGGAGAGAAGCCUUUUGCCUGUCAACAGUGUGGAAAAAGUUUCAGUCGAAAAGACAAACUUAACGUCCACUUGAAAAUCCACACAGGAGAGAAACCUCACACCUGCACACUGUGUGGGAAGAGUUUCACAUUAAAAGGAUAUCUUAUGACGCACAUGAGAAUUCACAGUGGAGAGAAGCCAUUCAUAUGCUCUCAGUGUGGAAGGGGUUUUAACCAGAAAAAGGACCUUAAUGCCCACAUGAGAAAUCACACUGGAGUGAAGCCAUUUGUUUGUAAUCUGUGUGGAAAGAGUUUCGGAUAUAAAGAAAGCCUUAAUCAUCACAUGAGGAUUCACUCAUCAGGAUUCAUGUCAUCUGUGUGAAAUGAGAUUCACAGACGGGAAUCACCUUGAGAAUCAUGUAAAAAUUCACAUCGAAGAGAAGCCUUACAUGUGCCAUCACUGUGGAAAGAGUUUCAAACACAACAAAUCUUGAGAAUCACAUGAGAACCUGCCCUCAGUGUGGAAAGAGCUUCAUAACGAAAGGAAACCUUAAUAUUUACAUGAGCGUUCACACUGGAGAGAAGCCUUACAAUCGUCUUCAGCGUGAACAGAGUUUCACAUACCACACAGACCUGAAACAGCAUUUGCAAACUCAAUCUGGAAAGAAAUUCCCAUUUUAAAAAAAUCUGAGCAAUUUAAGUAAUAAUCUGUGCAUUCACUUUGGCGAAAGACAAUUCACUUGUGAUUAUUGUAAUAAAACAUGACUUUAACAUAUGAAAAGUCAUGUAAAUGUUGAGACCCUGUUGUGUUCUUUGUUAUAUAAGUUUAUUUAUAAGUGAGCUAUUAGUAUACUUCUUUUAAGCUAAAACUAAGAAAGUAAACUGUAGCAAGCUGUGGACGAGGCAGAGAGCCUUGAAAACGGGGCAAGGCCGGUGGCGUGAUUGAUGAGCAUCGGCUGCUCGCCGCACCGGUCUUGAGUUUCUCACGGAGGAGCUCUGGGAACAUAAAAAUUGGGAGUGAUGACAGUGAAGGACGAGAGAGCACCAGGCCUGGACUAUUUUAUGUUAUGUUUUGUUCAUUUGUUUUGUGUUUGUUUAUUUUAUGUAAUUAAAGUUGUGUUUAACGUU